AUGAGACAGCCGGGAUAUCGCCGUAUAAACCAAGGAUUAAGAUGGAAUGCUGAUCCUAUUGAGAAAGCCAAAUAUGAAAUCUGUCAAAAUAUUCUUCAUUACAAACAAGAAAAUAAUUUGUCGGAAAAAGAGAUAGGGGAAAGAUUAGGAAUUAAGAAGCCAGAAAAGUUGGAAUAUCUUUUAUUUUGCCACAUUGACAAAUUUACUUUGGAUAAAUUGGUUGCUUAUGCUACUGAAUUAUUAGCUCCUUUUGAAUUAAAAGUUGUUCGGCCGGGGGAAGAAGUUCACGUGAUAUCUCCUCCAAAACUUAAUGGUCGUUCCCGAAAACAGGCUUAA